UCUGCCUCCUCGCUCCGUCCAGGGAAGACUCGACUCAGCCAGAGUUGUGGACCAUAAUGGAGGGGACGUCCCUGUAUCUUCCUAUUGUUGUGUUACUGAUGCAAUUUCCCCGGUUUAGUCAGAGUCCCGCUGUGAGAGUGGGCUGUGGCGAGCCGGGCUCGGUUCCUGCAAAGUUGGCCCCCCGAAGUUGUAUCUGGCAGGGUGCCACCCGAGGGUGUGGGCGGCGUGGCGGGGGCAGGUGGGCCCCUUCCCGUGUUGGCAGGGGAGGUGGCGGAUCCGAGCAAAAGCAGCUUUCCCUGAUGGCGAAAUAGGAAGCAGUGUACGUGUCUUCGGGACUCCUGGGGAGCAGCAGCAGCCUGAGAUGGAUGGGAUGAGACACUUGUGAUUCAUUCUCUCGAUGACACUGGACGACUGCUCAGGCGGCUCGGCUCGAGUCCGGCCCCUGACCUCAGAACCUCUGGCCAAUUUCAGGAGCCAACGAGGGUCCAAAUGUGACUCGAGCGCUGCUGGCUGGAGCUUUUAUUGCAGGCCCAGUGGGACAACGCUCCUCAGAGGGUGUCGGGGCCAUUGGAGCCGAGGCUAUGAUGGUUCCCCCUCCGUUCCCGUCACCGUGACGACCGACAAACACAAGGUGGAGGUGAACGAGUUCUCAGACGCGGUGCUGUCGUGCACGUUCCGCACGGAGAAGGACCAGAACCCACGCAUCGAGUGGAAGAAGAAGGGGAAAGAUGUGUCCUUCGUGUACUUUGAUGGACACUUCAAAGGUCCCUUUGAGGACCGCGCCACGAUCGACGGGGCCACCGUCACGUUGAGUAGGGUGACCCAGGAGGACGCCGGGGAGUACCGCUGCGAGAUCAGUGCUCCUCUGGACACCGUGAACCUGGGCGAGACCAACGUUACGCUCAAAGUCCUCGUGCCCCCACACAUCCCGUCCUGUGAGAUCCCCAGUGGGGCAGUGACGGGCUCCGUGGUGCAGCUGCGCUGUCAGGACCAGCAGAGCAUCCCGCCUGCCACGUACACCUGGUUCAAGGACAACAAGCCCAUCAGCCAGCCACGCAACGCCAACGCCACUUACCAGAUCAACUCACACACAGGAGUACUGGAGUUUAAAGCCGUAGCCAAAGAGGACACCGGUCGAUACAGCUGCCUGGCUUCCAACGGAGUGGGGCGGCCACAGAGUUGCGAGGGCAAGCACAUGACGAUAGAGGACGUCAACGUGUCGGCCGUGGUGGCGGCGGUGGUGGUGGUCUGCCUGGUCGUGGUGGUCUGCGGAUGCGGGGGGUACCUCUUGCACCGCAACGGGUUCUUCAGCCCAGGACACAGAGGAAGGUCAUUUUGGAUCUCCCAGUGUCAUGGUGCAGCCCACAUCAGCAGCCAAACCCUGCACAGAACUGAGGACACGUCCAACGUCAACUACGUCCCUCCGCCCCAAGAACCCCAGGAUUUCAAACACACCCAGUCGUUCAUGCUCUGAGAAGCCGGCCUUCCUUUUUCGAGAACACGUCCGCCUCGUGACAAGGUGCCAAACGUCAGACUCUCUGAUUUUGUUUUUCCUCUCUGGAACUCUGGAGCGUUCUUCUAUUCCAAUACCCCGAAAACCCUUUGUCACUUCCUUUUGGACGGCAAAGAAAGAAGACAAAAAAAGUGCAAGGCUUCUUCCUCUUCUUCCUCUUCCUCUUCCUCUUCCUCUUCUUCCUCUUCCUCUCUCCCGUGGGUCACUGAUGUUUUUUUCUGCUCUUUUGGGGAUUAAGUCCAUUUUUCACGGUGUUCUGCUCCCCCCUGGUGGCCAGAUGAUGAACUUCCAAAUCGCUCCUUUUCUUGAACGACCCAGGGACGAGUGGAGCCUUUCUUAACACACUCUGUUUCCGCCCUCUGCAGGCCAAUCGUGUUUGACUACCUUUUUGUUUUGUUUUUCUUUUUUACCAAAGACUGAUUUAGUUGAAGGGAUUUGAUUUGCUUUUCCAAUUCUGCUCGAGGCCAUAGAGACAGCGUUGUUUUCAAUCCACACAAACGUUAAUACUACUCAAACAUUUACCUCGCCGUCUGCCAAUGUGUUGUGGCCCCUGGGACCCCGGCGUUAGAGAAGAUCCUUACGGUCUUAGUGGCAGAUGUGUAAAAUAAUGCACUUGUGCAUGAAAACAGACGAAACCAGUCCAGGAGAACAGGAAGCCACUCCAGCCAAUUCUAUUGAGACCAACCCCAUUCCACCCUAAUGUGCCUGCAUGGUCUUUUUAUAUAGAUAUAGAUAUAUACUACAUAUACACACACACACACAUACACACACACUCACAUAUAUAUAUAUAUAUAGAUAUAUACCUUGUGCCUUUUUAAUUUGUCAUAUUUAUCUAUGGAUCUCACUUUUUUGUAAAGAACUUGCCUUACUUUUUUCUGUCUUUAUACUUUUGUGCCACUGUUUAUCGAUGUUUAUCAAACUGGAGUGUCUGUUUUUAGACAGUGUGUGAAUGGGUUGUUCAGAGUUUUAUUUGAAUGGUGUAUAUGUAAUAAAACGUUUUUUUAUAUGCAAAAA